AUGACCCGGUGGCGACGCGACACGGCCCUUCCCGGCGGCGGUGCCUGCUGGGCAGCGGCUUCCGCCUCCCCCUUCUGCCCCGGCCGCCGCCGCCGAGCCCGGUCAGGGCCCGAGCGCGGUCCGGGGCCGCGCCCUCACGAGCGGUACCGCCCGGGGGGAGCGGGCGCGAGCGGCCGAACCGGGAACGACAACACUCGCCGCGCGAGACCGCACCACUGCGCCUGCGCUGCCUCGGGUGCCGGAAACAGCUGGGGCGCGCGCCGCCGCCUCACGGGCCGCCGCGGGGGGCGGGGCGGUGACGCGAGAUCACGGCCGCGGCGGGGUGGGGCUGCUGCGCGUGCGCACCGGCGGGGACGGGCGUGGCGGGCGGCGACGUGCGGGACAGCACGCGGGGGGGCGCCGCCCGGUGACCGUGACGAAAUCACGGAAUGGGAGGGCUUUGGAACGGACCAAAAGGAUCGUCCGGUCCCAGCCUCCCUCUCACUAGAACAGCUUGUUCAAAGACCCAUCCAACCUGCUUUGAACACUGCUAGGGUUGAGGAAUCCACAAUCUCCCUGGGCAACCUGUUCCAGUGCCUCACCACCCUCACAACUUGCUCCAGCAGUUCUAUGUCCUUCUUGUAUUGGGGACCCCAGAGCUCAGUGCAGCACUCCAGGUUAAACUCUACACAUCUCCCACUGCAGGACAUCCCUGGCUGGAUGCCAGAUGCCCACUGAACCUGCACUGUCACUUCCUUCCUCAGCUGGACAGGGGAGAGAAAAUAGAACAAAAGGCUCAUGAGUUGGGAUAAGGACAAGGAGAGAUCACUCACCAGUUACCAUCAUGGGCAAAACAGGCUUGACUUGAGGAAAUUAGUUUAAUAUAAUACCAACUAAAUCAGA